AUGUCAGUCAAGUCGGCAGCAACUAUUCUCCGUCAGAAAUUGGAAAAUGGAGAGUUCAUUCUGGCUCCUGGUGUUUAUGAUGGUUUUUCUGCCCGCAUCGCUCUCCAGGUUGGAUUUGAUGCUCUCUACAUGACAGGAGCAGGCACAACAGCCUCAAUGCAUGGUCAGGCAGACCUAGCAAUAUCCACAUUGAACGACAUGCGUCAAAAUGCGGAAAUGAUCGCCAAUCUCGAUUCUUCUGUGCCGUUGAUUGCAGACGCAGACACCGGAUACGGCGGUCCCAUCAUGGUGGCCCGCACAACAGAACAGUACGCACGUUCCGGCGUUGCUGGUUUCCACAUCGAAGAUCAGAUCCAAACGAAACGCUGUGGCCAUUUAGCAGGGAAAAUCCUAGUCGACACGCCUACCUUUGUCAGCCGUAUCAGAGCCGCAGUGCAGACACGGCAGCGACUUGAAAGCGACAUUGUGGUCAUUGCCAGAACUGAUGCACUUCAGAAGUUUGGCUACAACGACGCUCUUGCCCGACUGCGUGGUGCGAGAGAUGCAGGUGCGGACGUUGGGUUUCUAGAGGGGGUCAGGUCUAGAACGGAAGCCCGCCAAGUGAUUGAAGAUCUGAAGCCAUGGCCAGUUUUGCUGAACAUGGUCGAGCACGGAGCUACGCCGACGAUCUCGGCCAAAGAGGCCCAAGAAAUAGGCUUCAAAAUCAUGAUUGUGCCUUUUGCAGGCCUCGCCCCAGCAUACAAAGCAAUCAGCGAUUCAAUGGAGCAGCUAAAGGAAACCGGCCUUCCAAAGACAGAGUUCACACCGCAGCAGCUAUUCCGGGUGUGUGGGCUGGACGAUAGCGUCAAGAUUGACGAGGCUGCUGGAGGAUAUGCUUUUGAGGGCGGCGUCGAUUUGUAG